AUGCUUUCCGAACGCGACCGGCCACCUCACAUCCCGCACGAGCAGCUCCCGGCGACCGUCGGCACGCUGAGCGUCGCGCUGGUCCGCUCCAACGAGAGCCUCCGGGCUGCCCACACGCUCCUCGCCCGGCUGCAGUCCGAGGCGGAGGCCGUCGACGCCGAGCGAACAGCCCUGAAAUCCGAGGCGGCAAAGCUGCGAUCCGCGCUGGUGGAGCGGCAGCGUGAGCUCGGCGCCGCGCACGCGCGCUCCUCCGCCGCGGUCGAGGCUGUCGCGGCCGCCGAAGGGCGCGCAACUCGCGCCGAGGCUGCGGCGGCGGCGCACGCGACGGCGCUAGAGGCGGCCGCUGCGAGGCACGCGCAGGAGCGGGAGGCGGCGGUGCGGGCGUGCGAGUCGAAGCUCGCGAGGUUGGAGGCCGUGGAGCGGCACCGGGCAGCGCGGGAGGAGCAGCGAGCGCGCCUGCUGGCGAGGGGCGAGGCGCUCGCACAGCUCGUCGCGACGCGUCGCCACGGGCGCGCUCGCGCGGCGGCCUUUUGCGCAUGGCGGCGCGCGUGCGUCGCUGCGACCCUGGCGACGGUGCGGCAAAAGGCGGACGAGGCGGCGGCGGAGGCGGAGAGGAUGCGUGCGGCGUCGCUGGAAGCGGGGGGCGGCAGCCGCGCUGGAGGCGGCACGGGAGGUGGCGUUGGUGGAGCGUGGGCGGGCGCGGCGGCGGAGCGCGCGCAGCUGCUGACGGAGGCGCGGCGGAGGGCUCUGGUGGGCGCGCGCCGCGCUGCCGAGGCGGCGGCAGAGGAGACGGCCGCCACAGCCGCCAGAGAGGGGGCGGUCGGGGUCGCUGCCGCUGCUAGCGCCAGCGCCGCCGGGGAGGUCCGCGUCGCUGCGCUCGCGCGGGAGCUCGCGCAGGAAGAGCUCGCGACCGGCCACCUCUCCGCGGAAACCGCCGCCAUCGGCGUGGCGUGGCCUUGCGGGCGGCCGCAGCCGGCGCGCGUGCGCGUGCUCUGCCGGCUGCGCCCGCCGGCCGAUCCCGCGAGCAGGGCUGCCUUCGAGGCGCAGGGCGAGACGGGCGUGGUUUUGUGCGGCGGUCUCGCCGCCGCCGCCGCGCGGUUCAGAGCCGUGCGGCGGUGGGAGUUUGACCGAGUGUUUGCGGCGGGGGCGGGGCAGCGGGAGGUGUUUGAGCAAGUGAGGCCGAUGGCGACGGCGGUCCUCGACGGCGUUGCCUGUUGCGUCCUUGCCUACGGCGCCUCCGGCGCGGGCAAGACAUACACGCUCGCCGGGCGGGUCUCGGCUCGUGGCCUCCACUUCCACCUCUCGGAAGAGAUCAUGGCGCUCGCCGCCGUGCGCGAGGCGACGCACGAGCUCGCGGUGCGCGCGUCGCUCGUCGAGGUGCGCGAGGAGUGCGUCCUCGAUCUGCUAGCCGACGACGGAGGGUCGCCGACGCGGCUGCCCCCGCACGGGCGACCUGACAAGCGCGACAGAUCGCCGCCAGCUGUCGACGUGGCUGCAGACGUGGCUGCAACGAGCGCGGGGGAUGUCCUCGACGUGGCGACGAUCGGCGACUGCCAUCGCUCGCUUGGCAACAGCCUCACGCCGCCGAGGGCCGGCGACCCCGCAGGAUCCGCGGCACGCGGACGCGUCGUUCAGCCCCCUGGCGCGGCGACAGUGGCGCGACACGACGGGUCGACCCUGACGCGGCUGCUGCGGCCUGCGCUCUCGCCCGAGGCGCGCGUAGCCCUGGUGUGCUGCAUCGACCCAUCCGAGGCGCACGCAGAGGAGGCUCUCGAUGUGCUCGGCUUUGCAUCGCCGGCGUGACCUGAAAAGUGUCGUCGUUUGUGAUCUGUGAUAAGAGUAUGAUCUCUGGGGGGGCGCGGGGGCCCUAGAGGGUACCCAUGCGGGGGGGAGAAGGGGUCCCCCAGCCCGACGCAUGCGCCGAUUUUUUCUUUUUUAUUUUUCUUGUUUUCAUG